GGCGCACACACUAAUUAAACUCCCGGGUUUAGGGAUUACUCAGAGCGUCCUUUCCACGGGCUUUAAAACGGAACUCUGCUAGUCCUUCUCUAGGAGAGGUGGACAGUCCUUCCUUUUGGGGGUAUUUUCUUUUUCUUGGACUGGAGUCGCAGUCUCCCUGAGCUUCCUUGUUCCUCCAGCUCUCACUUGCUACAUCUAUUCUCAAUGAAAAACUGCCUACGAUUUUCUUUUCUUUUGGGGGGGGGGGUACCGGGAAUCGAACUCAGGACCUUGCGCUUGCAAGGCAGGCACGGUGUCACUGAGCUAAAUCCCUGACCCUUCUUUUCUUUUCUUUUUUUUUUUUAACUGGGCGAGGGAAAAGGAGCGGAUGGUGAGGUUAGACUUCAAGCUCUCCAGAGGACUUGGUCACCCUGGACCUUGCUACUUCCUGGUCCUGGAGGCCAAGGCUGGGACUAUGGAGCUGUGGAUGCAGCUAAAGCAGGCUGGACUGGAGCCCCCAGGACUGGGCCCACCCCCUCAGGCCCUGAGGGGGCCCCCUCCAGAGGAGAGCCCUGGCCAGACCCUCACGACCCUGGGGGCAAACCUUGGAAGUGCCAGGGAGAGCCUGCUAUGGAUCUGGCAGGAAUUGGGGAACCUGCGCCGAGUGGACGUCCAGCUGCUAGGCCAGCUGUGCAGCCUGGGGCUGCAGAUGGGGGCCCUUCAGCAGGAACUGGUCACCAUCCCGGAAGAGGAGGAGGUGGAGAGUGGUGACUUCGAGGAAGAGGAGGAGGAAGAAGAGUCCCAGGGGAUGCAGGAGGAGGGACAUGUGGGGGCCUCCUGCCCAGCCUGGCGCCUGCCCGACUUUGAGAUGACAAUCUGAGGCACUGCUCAGGCACAUGAGAUGCAGAUUUAUGCAAAGGAGAAGAGAGAUUUGCAGGUCCAAUCAAAUUUGGAAUCAACAUGCUCCUUGGCAAGCGCUUUCUCUGAGGCUGUGGCCCUGUGCCGUGGUGCAGUUGUUUGCAGAUGGAGACAGAAAUGUAGGGAGACACUGCAGGUGGACCUGCCGGGGAGCCUCCGCUGUGGGGGAGACGCGCAGCAGGGAGAUCUCUGCAGCUCCAGAUGAAGAUCCACACUGUCCGUAGGUAGCCAACAGCCCAGUGUGGUCAGGGAGCACUUGAAACAUUGGCAAGUCCAGAUUGAGAAGUGAUGUGACUGUGAAAUACACACCAGGCUUCCAAGGCCAGUAUGGUUAAGGAAGCUAAAAAUCUCAAUAAUUUAAAAAAUUGAUUACAUGUGGAAAUGACAUUUUCAGUUUAUCAGUCUAAAAUAUUGCUGAAAUUAAAUUUGCCUGUGAAGUUUUUAUUGUGAUGAAAUAUGUAUAACAUAAAAUUGAUCAUUGUAACCAUUUUAAGUGUACCGUUCGUUCAGUUAUGUUAGUUACAUCCGCAUUGUUGUGUAACCGUCACCACCAUCCAUCUCCAGAACUUUUGUUUUUUUAAGACAGGGUUUUGCUAUAUAGUUAGUUCAGGCGCACCUGGAGCUCACUACCGAGCCCAGGCUGGCCUGAAACUCGCAGUGAUCCUCCUGCCUCAGCCUUCCCAGUGCUGGGAUUAUAGGUGUGUGCCAUCACACCCUGAAAUCUUCAGAACUCUUAUCUUCCAAAACUGAAACUUUGUCCCCACAAAGAAAUGACUCUCAGUUCCGUGCCUCCACCCCCACCCCCCACCCCUCUGGCAACCACUAUUUACUUUCUGUGUUUCUAUGAAUUUAACUAUUAUACUACUCAUUUGUCCUUUUUGUUUUGGAAUUGAGGAUUGAACCAAGGAGCUUUGCACUGAGCUACAUCUCCAGCCCUUUUUAAUUUUUAAAAAAAAUUUUAAGACACAGUCUCACCAAGUUGCUGAGUUACUUUUUGUUGAUAACACUCUGAAUUGAAUACAUUGGGUUGAAUAAAAUAUAUUCUUUAAAUGAUUUUCACUUGUUUCUUUUUACGAUUUUUUUUGGAGGGGUACCGAGGGCCGGGGAUUUAGCUCAGUGGUUCUGCUGCCUGCCUCGCAAGCGCAAGGUCCCCAGUUCAAUCCUUGGUACCAAAAGAAAAAAAAAAAUGACAAUGAGAACAUUUAAAAAUUACACAUGGGGCUUGGUUUACUUCGGUGGGGUACACCUGCGGUGAUGCCAUGUCUCCACCAGGUGGCGCCAACACAAGGCACUGCAGCACUACCUGUUAAAAAAGCCACCGGCCAGAACAGGGAUGGGACAAAUCUUAGAGGCUAUUAAGAAGUAGGGGUUUAGAGAGGACAUUGAGAUGUGGUUCCCUGACAGAGAGGUCCUAUUGUGGGGACAGAAUCUCCAUGUUCUGGAGAGCAGGAGAUAGGCAGUGUAAAAUAAUAAUGGCAGGGCUGGGGAUUUAGCUCAGUGGUUCCGGCGCCUGCCGCGCAAGCGCAAGGUCCCGAGUUCAAUCCCCGGUACCAAAAAAAAAAAAA